AUGAAUCAAAGCAGCGAAGAAUGUAUGAAAAAUAUUAGCAGUGUGAAUCUUGACAAACUUAUAAAUGACUUCUCACAGAUAGAAAAGAAAAUGAUAGAAACCAGUGGAAAGAAUAAUAUACUGGAUAUGCAGUUGGAAAAAACUAACUAUUUGUUAAAAGUAAUGCAAACAAAGGAGGUCUCAAUUAAAGAAGAAUGUGCUACUCUUCAUAAUAUGAUAAAAGGGCUACAACAGACCAUUGAAUCUCAACAUGAUUUGAAAGGUGAAAAUGAACAACUAAAAAGAAAUGCUGAUCUUAUGAAAGAGAAGUUAAAAUCUCAUGAACAGGAAUAUAAGAAUAAUAUUGCCAAACUUAUGAGUGAAAUGAAAAUCAAAGAGGAGGGACAUAAGAUAGAAAUAAGGAAACUUCAUCAGGAUAUGCAGCAAAAAAUUGAGUCAAAUGAAGAAAAGCAUAAAGAACUAAUAGAGAAAAAGGAGGUGGAAAUUUCAGAGUUAAAUGCAAAGUUAAGAACUCAAGAAAAGGAAAAACAAAGUGAAAUAAUCAAAUUACAGUUAGAGAAGCUUCAACAUCUGCAAGAAGAGAAAAACAGGGAGAUUGCAUUUCUUCGUAAUACCGUUCACGAUUUAGAGCAACGCCUCUCCCUUGGCAAAGAUUCUCAACUUAACUCUACCGGCAAAGGCUCUUACCUUAAGCGUAGACGGUUUUGA